AUGGCAGAAGAACCGAAACCUGGACAAGCUUCCGAUCCUCCGUUACCUUUUGAUCCUAGUCGGAUGGUCGGUAUCAUCAAGAGGAAGGCCUUGAUCAAAGACCUAGCUGCGGUAUAUCAUGCCGAAUGCCUUUCUUAUUGUCAAGAGCUUUUGGAACUUCAAACAAAAUGGGAAGAGCCAUUUAUCGACUUAAAAACUCCAGAGGAAUCAAAAAAGGAGACAGCACGACCCUCUAAGCGCGCAAAAAAGUUGCGAUAG